UGAAAACACCAGCGCCGAGGUCAUCGCAAGAGAACGAAAAGAACGUCAUCAGAAUUCGUACGUGUCAAAUUAAUUGAUUAGUUCAAGUCAUAUAAUCGCUGGAAAUGGUGAAUUAUCAAAAUGUUUAUUUCAUGUGAUAACAAGACAACGAACAUUUCUUUAGUGGGUGCUAAACUCAAUUACCAACACCUGCUAACUAUUGAAGUAAAUAAAAUCGAUCGACGCUAACUGGAGCAAUGAGUGACGAUUGCUGCUGCGACAGUGGUGGAGGCGGCGAUAGCGGUGGGGCUUGCGAUAGCGGUGGAAAUUGUGACAGUGGGGAACCGUAUGAUAGUGGCGGACAUUGCGGCAGUGGGGGGAAUAACGACACCGUUUUUAACCCCGCUGAUGUUCCCAGUUAUACUGCAUUUGACGUUUCAAAUUCAACGACAAAUGGUUACUUCUACAACCAUGACAAUGAUAAUAGUCAAAACAACACAAAUUCCUUCGGAACGGGGCAAGAAACAGACAUGUGCAAUAAGUGCCGCGCUGCUCCUCCGAAUCGGAAAUUUCCAGCCCACACGUCGCAAAAUCCCUCCACAUUUUAUACUUCUAUAGUCCAAACAACCUCGAAGGUGUUGCCAAACAGAACCUUGGCGAAUCGUCGCCUGUUGCUUCCACUCCCGAUUUCCCAAGUAAGUGUAGAAAUCCACAACCACCUCGAUGAAAACCAAGAACUAAGCACAACCACCACUUGUGAACGUCCUCAAACCGUCCAGAAAAGUGCUCAACAACCAAAAAAAAUCUUAUCGCACCACCAUCUUGCAACUCAGCCUCCAGGAGCCAAAUGACUGAUAAUGCAGGUGGCAGAGGUGGGGGCGGCGGUGAUGGUGGGAGGUGUGACGCGAAUGUCGCCCGCAGUCCUACCAGUCCCCAUGUAGCCGGCGCCUCGGAAGUCGCCACCACCAUGAAUUCAGUACUUAUCGAUGACCACCGCCAGUUUCUCGAAGAUGAGGUUGUCACCAAACCCCGAACUCCGAAGUGCAACAAGACCACGGUUAUUAUUGUUGCGGGGAUUUUUCUCGUUCUGUGUGGAGUGGGUGUAGUUGUGUUACUCGAGUCCUUUUACGAGGAUUGACAUGUGUAUUUUAACUAGUGUUUACGAAUUGUGUUGUUAUCGGUGUGCCUUAAUUGAUAUCAGGAAUCUGUAUACACUAUAAUCUCAAUCUGAUGUUUUGUUUUAUUUUGCCCUGGGUGGCAUUUAUCAAUGUUUACAAGUCAAUAUCCUAGUGGAAACAAAUACAGGGAAUAUUACUCAUCUGGACUUUCGGCGGUACGGAAAUGUUAUCUCUAAGCACAGGAUGUGGGCAUAAAAAUAGCAAAACUAACACUUUAACGUUGGCAAAUGCGGCGAACAUAUAUCAAGUAAAUACACGGUGUUAAAAUGGGCGACGAUUCUAAUUCAGGCUGUGAUGUUUCAACAAGUUUUGAUACUUAUCACGACACUUCUCAUCACUGUCAUCAGCAGGAAACGGCUACCGACCAUCACCACCACCAUCAUCAUGACGACUCGUCCAUUUUUGUUAGUGAUUAUGGUUUUAACACAUAUUCGUAUAAUCCUCCAACAGGGCAAACUAAGUACUUAUCUCUCAAAUUUAUAAAUCGAGUAAUAUGCGGAAUCUGUGUCGUUUUUGCAGUUGUAAUAUUUAUAGUUUUAGCUAUUGUAUUAUCAUAACAGUAAACUGACAUUAUUUUAUAUAAUUUUUAUUCUUUUUUGUCUUAUAUAUUUCGUCUUUUUAGAUACAGCGUUUUUACUAUCAAUUGAAAAGUGAUUUUUAUUCAACUUGAAACUAUACAUCACUUCUUUAAUAUUCUCUGGUAGGCAUUUCUUCAGAACUGUCUUUGUUUUUCUGGUUUCUGCAGUGUUGAUAUUUGUAUUUGUUUUAUAUACUGUGAUGUAAACAAGGUCAUAAAUAAUUCACUUGUUAAUUAUUAUUCCAGUUCUAUUGUAUUCUAUCACGUCAUUCAAAACAAAAAACCUAUUAAACUGAAUAAAAUAGAAAGUUGCAAAAAAGGAUCAUUGACGACUUCCUUGUACGAAAAUUCACUCAAAAUGUGUUUCUUUCUCUAUGGACAAUUUUCCCACACGUGACGAAUAGGAAAUCUUCGUUUGUUUAUUGAUUGUCGCUAUCUCGUUUACCGUUUACACAAUAUUAGAUAUAUUGUGAUAACUUCGACUAACCCUCCAGUCGUAAAAAUUCUUGAUUCAAUAAUAGUAGCACCCACGUGGAGAAAACAUGUUCCUAAUAACAUUAUUACUACUUGUACUGAUUUUCGUCACUGCCGGGUACAGUAUUGCGCCACCUGGACCACCUAUAAACACGACCACCGCAGUACCGACAACAACACCAUCACCGGUACCACCACCACGCGAAAAAGUGAUCUGCCGCAAUUUCAGAAACUUUGAAGACAAGUUUGUACAUCAUGGCGAUAUCUCAUGCAGGGUCGACGACAACAUUUACGCCUCGGUGAAUGAGGAAUACGCCGACGAAGACCAACUCUUGGUACGAGCAACUCUUCUGAGUUUGGACCUCUUUAGGAAGUCGUACUAUAAGAAACUGUCCAAUGUGGUCGUCACUAAAGUCAACGUGCUAAAUUUUGGAGAAGAUCAGGCGUUCGUUGACAGAGUGAUCAUCGAAAAUGGAGAUAACGACGCAUCGGUUUGGGCCCAUAUAGAGGUACCACCCUUGCAGGAAGUGAAGUUGUUUGUCGAGAUAUACGGUCACAGAAGAUCUGGUUAGGUGGUACUUUUUGUGUUGUGUCGUUAUAUAUUAUAAUAGCAGGGUAUUGUCAUCGUCACCAAAUUAUCACGAUGAGGGGGUUGAGGGAUUCGCAAAAAUGGUGACAAAGAGGUCGUAGGAGAUGUUUCAAUAAGAUUAAUUUAAGUUUUUAAGUUUAAUUUUUAUUAUCAUAUCUAAAUACAUACAAACAAAGAUAUUUGAGUUGUUUAUUUACUGACUAGCUACUCUUGGAAUUCAGUUCUUCUAUUUUAAGACAACUAUUAUUAUAAGAUAUUUUAAAAAGUAAGUUUCAACUUUCCUUUAUUGUACUUUUUCCGACACUUUUGAUUCUUUUUUUUAACCUUUAUGUUUUUAAUUUUACUCCCUUAAAACAUAUAUUUAAAAAAGUAGGUGGGUUAUUAAGAAAAAAUGAAUUGCAAGGCUGUUCAAAUAUUUUCAUAUUUACUUUAUUGAUAAAACGGGCAAAUUCACGAUAAGCUAUCUAUCAGAAUAAAUAAAAAUCUAUAGUUAGUAGCUUUAUUGCUGGUUAUGUCGACUGUUGCCUUAUGAAUAGCAAUAAGAUUUUCCAAUAAGUGAUUAAAUUAAUGUCAAUAAAUAUUUUUUUGCUGAUCGCCUGCAGUACCAAUAUUUAUACAUUUUUAUGUGAUAUUUCCUUACUUGUGCAGUAGAGUACUACACUUAUGUAAAAAACAAUGUACUACCUACUUUUCGUACCAGAUUUUCUUUCUCAAAAAACAUGCAUAAUCUAACAAAUACAAGAACAUGGGAUGCGCAGCAACAGUAAUACCAUUUAGGAAAGGACUAUUAAAGAUUAUCUAGUAGCACUUUUCCUCGAAUUUUCGCACUGUUUGUCUUCCGUGUUGAUAAAAAGGUGUGCAAAAUAUCUUCUGUAAACAAAAAUAGGGAGCGCACACUUGUAUUUUAUCUAUAUUCAUAUAAACAAAGCAACAGUACUUCAUCUACAGUACCUCCAAGAUGUUCUUCCGAAGCUUAAUCUUGUCUUCUCUUUUUAUGUUUGGUUACGCUGCCAUAUUUUCGCUUCAAAACUCUACGUCUUGGAGAGCAUGGUAUUCAAGGACAUCAACACUGCCUCCAUUUACAUCAGGGUCCCCUGGGACCACAAGGACCGCAACAGGAUCAUCAAGGCCACCUUGGACGUCAUCAAGUAGCCACCCAUGGACGUCGUCCAGCUGGCACCCGUGGACGUCGUCAACUUGGCGCCCUUGGACGUCGUCAACUUGGCGCCCUUGGACGACAAGUGGGCGUCCCUGGCCAACAGGGGCUUCACCAGUUGUCUACUGUAACAAUUAUCGAGACAUCGGGAUCAGAGAAUUUCCAAAAGUUGGUGACCUGGCAUGUAAAGCACAACAAUACUACACGUACGGUUACGGACAAGGUUACUACGGUGGCGAGCUCUUGCUGAGAGAAACUCUUCUGCAGACUCCGUUGACGCAUUCUUCUGCAAUAAACUACCGCAAAAUCAUCAGAGGAGUUGUGUCAUCUGUCAGCAUUCUGAAUUUUGGCGAAGCACAUGGUUUUGUAAAGCAGAUAGUUAUUCAAGGUCUGGGAUACGGAGAGUCGUCGGUGAGAGCGACUAUUGAGAUUCCAGAAGGACGCGAAGUGAAGCUGUUUGUGGAAAUUUAUGGAAAACAGUAAAUUUGUAACUAUUACAGCUAUAACGAUUUACAUAAGCUCGAAUUAAUAGUAUCAUGUAGUGUUUUUUUACCAAAAAAAGUAAAUGUUUUUUAUUGUAUUUGAAUAAACGUGAAUAAAGAUAUUAUCUAAA